GGAAAUUAAUACUCUGAAGCUAAGUAAGGUACCAAGUCUCUCAGACUAGAGUAAGAAACACUCCAGCAGCAGCAGCAGCAGCAGCAACAAAGUCGGAUAGAGAGAAGAACUGAUUGCAGGCCAUCCAUUCCAACUCCUUGUGGGAUUGUGCACUAUCCAGGGUGCUGAAACAUGAACCAAACAGCAACUGUGUCCCAUCAAGUCAAGUGUCAGUCAUCUAAGCCAAUCAAGGAGCUUGGAAGUAACAGCCCUCCGCAGAGGAAUUGGAAGGGAAUUGCAAUUGCACUGCUGGUGAUUCUAGUUGUAUGUUCACUCAUCACUAUGUCUGUCAUUCUUUUAACCCCAGAUGAGCUUUCAAAUUCAUCAGAAACCAGAUUGUCUUUAGAAGAUCUCUUCAAAAAAGAGUUCAUAAUUCAUAAUCCAGAAGCCAAAUGGAUUAAUGAUACUGAAGUGGUGUAUAAAAAUAGGAAUGGACAUGUUGUUAAACUGAAUGUAGAAACAAAUACAACCACAUUAUUAUUGGAAAAUACAACUUUUGUAACUUUCAAAGCAUCAAGAUAUUCAGUCUCACCAGAUUUAAGAUAUGUUCUUUUGGCAUAUGAUGUGAAACAGGUUUUUCAUUAUUCUUAUACAGCUUCAUAUGUGAUUUAUAACAUACAUACAAGGGAAGUUUGGGAGUUAAACCCUCCAGAAGUAGAGGAUUCAGUUUUACAGUAUGCGGCAUGGGGCGUACAAGGAGAGCAACUGAUUUAUAUUUUUGAAAAUAACAUCUACUAUCAACCUGAUGUAAAGAGUAGCUCAUUGCGACUGACAUCUUCAGGAAAAGAAGGAAUCAUUUUUAAUGGAAUUGCAGACUGGCUAUAUGAAGAGGAGCUGCUUCACUCUCAUAUUGCCCACUGGUGGUCCCCGGAUGGAGAAAGGCUGGCAUUCUUGAUGAUAAAUGACACUUUGGUACCAAACAUGGUUAUUCCUCGGUUUACUGGAGGCCUGUAUCCCAAAGGAAAGCAAUAUCCAUAUCCUAAGGCAGGUCAAACAAACCCAACGAUAAAGCUCUUUGUAGUCAAUCUGUAUGGCCCAACGCAUACACUGGAACUCAUGCCACCUGAUAGCUUUAAGACAAGAGAAUACUACAUCACUAUGGUGAAGUGGGUAAACAACACCAAGACUGUGGUGAGAUGGUUGAACAGACCACAGAACAUUUCCAUUCUUACUGUUUGUGAGACCACAACUGGGGCUUGUAGCAAGAAAUAUGAGAUUACAUCAGAAGUGUGGCUUUCUAAACAGAACGAGGAGCCAGUUUUCUCCAAAGAUGGAAGUAAGAUCUUUAUGAUAGUCCCAGUGAAACAAGGUGGUCGGGGAGAAUUCCACCAUAUAGCCAUGCUUAUUGUUCCGGCUAAAACUGAGCAAAUCAAUGUGAGACACCUGACAUCAGGAAAUUGGGAAGUUAUCAAAAUCCUGGCGUAUGAUGAAGAUACUCAAAAGAUUUAUUUUUUAAGCACUGAAGAUUCCCCAAGAGGAAGACAGCUGCAUAGUGUAUCAACAGUUGGACUACUGAACCGCCAGUGUCUUUCAUGCAACUUCAUGAAAGAUCAAUGCACAUACUUCAGUGCAAAGUUUAGUCCUAUGAACAAGUAUUUUUUACUACAUUGCAAAGGGCCAGGCGUUCCAGUUGUUAGCGUGCACAGUACGAGUAACCCUGGAAAAUUUUACAUAUUGGAAAACAAUGCUGUGUUGAAAGAAGCUAUUUUAAAGAAAAAGAUUUUCCAAACAGAAAUUAAAAUGCUUCACAUUGAGGACUAUGAACUUCCUCUGCAGUUGUCAUUUCCAAAGGAUUUCACAGAUCGAAACCAGUAUGCUGUUCUGUUAAUAAUUGAUGAAGCUCCAGGCAGCCAGUUGGUUACAGAUAAGUUUCACAUUGACUGGGAUUCGGUGCUUGUCAACUCUGAUAAUGUCAUCGUAGCUCGAUUUGAUGGCAGAGGGAGUGGAUUUCAAGGCCUUAAAAUUCUACAGGGAGUACAUCGUUCCUUAGGUUCAGUGGAAGUGAAGGACCAAAUAGCAGCUAUAGAAUCAUUACUGAAACAGCCAUUCAUAGAUCCUAACCGGCUGAGCAUAUUUGGAAAGGGGUAUGGUGGAUACAUCGCAUCAAUGAUUUUGAAAUCCAAUGAAAGACUCUUUAAAUGUGGAGCUGUUAUUGCACCAAUUACAGACAUGAAGUUGUAUGGUGAGUAUGCCCCAUCCUUCCCAUUUUAUGCAACAUCCAGUGUCCUGCACAAUAUUCAUGGUUUAAAAGAGGAGAAUUUGCUAAUAAUUCAUGGGACAGCUGAUACUAAAGUCCACUUCCAACACUCAGCAGAACUAAUUAAACAUCUGAUAAAAGCUGGAGUUAAUUACACUAUGCAGAUCUACCCAGAUGAAGGUCAUAACAUUGCAUCGGAGAAAAGCAAAUAUCACCUUUACAGCACAAUCCUUGGGUUUUUUAGUGCUUGUUUAAAGGAGGAAGCACCAAUUUUACCACAGGAACCUGAAGAGGAUGAGUGAGGAAGCCUGUUUGUACAGUACUGAAGGAGACUUACUUGGAGGCUCGAUAAAACUUUAAAUAAAAGUGACUGUAAGAUUGCAGAUUCUGCAGAAGCUCAAGGGCAGCUAAAGGAUAUAACAGUGGAACAGCACAUUUAGAGACACUGAGCUAACAAACUGGAAUUUAAGUCCAAACAUAUUACUGAGGGACAAAGCCUAUAUCUUUGUGGAAGGACAACGGUUGAUUACAGCUUCCUGGACAAACUUAGUUUUGCAUAAGUGUAGAGUUAGUGCAUGUUUAUUAUGUUAAGCCUCACUGUUUGUUCUGUAAGUAGUUGCUCUGUUUUUAAGUUAAAUGCACAUCUUUAUCCAUCUUUGCAUUACGCACUACCAAUCAUAAAUAUUCAGGCCACUUAUAUUUUAAAGGGUGAGUUGCAAUCUAACACUUUACUAUAACAUUACAAUAAGUGCAAUUCUUUCCCUCUCUAUUAAACAUAGGAAAACACUGAGUUGAUAAAGGAUGGUGAUAUUUUCUAUAUUUUUUGUUUAAAGGGAAGAUAUUGUCCAGUGGGUCAUAUAACAUAAGUAUAGAAACAGUUUUGAUUUUUUGUUUGCCUUGUUUUAAUUUCAGACAUUUAUUAUUGUUAUUGCACCUAUUGAUAAGCAGUAAGGGCAUUUGGGGGAGUGCACUCUUGGUCUUUAUGUAUAUACACAAGACUUCCUAACCAGAAAAACAUUGUAUGCUUGAACAAUUUUUCAAGCCAUAAUUAACAGCUAUGUUUUAACAAUGUCUGCAAUUGAAAUACUUCCCCAGUCCAAAAUGUAUCCUUUCCAUAAGAAAUGUUUGGGUUGUGUUUUGGUAUUGUUUAUAGUAGUUAAUAGUUUGCUGGUUACACUCUAAUUUUAGAAUAUGCUACUUUGUCAGAUGUAAAUUAGAUACAUAAAUAUUAAAUUAUAGUUUCAGAUAAAGAAAUUUUAUUAACAAUAUAAUGCCACUGAGUAAUACUUUACCCUAAGAAAGAUAUCUUUGCUUAGAUUCCAUUCCAAUUUUCAUAGAGGUAGCAGGUAACUAGAACAGUCUGUCUGUUUUUAUUUGGUAUUCCACAACUGUUCAUUGUCUGUUAUAAGAAGGAUUUACAUUCAACAGAGUUACAAAGAAAUGAAGUAUUUUUCAUUCCCAGCCAAGAAAGCUCCUGAUAAAUGAAGUUUUGUUAUUUUAUUCAGAUGAAGAUGCCAAAAUGCAUCCAUUUAUUUGUCACGGUGAAUUACAACACUAGAAAUUGAUACUAUGAAAUGAACAAACCAGUCAACAUCGGUCAUCAGAACAUUAACAUCAACAACUGAAGUCAUACAUGAUGUUCAUUUAAUAUUAGGUAUCUUCCAAAAGGUAUCUGAAGGCUCUUGACAAAUGCUGUGCAACUCACAUAAAUACAUAUGUAUUUUUUUCUCUGAAUAAUAUUUAUUAAUGAUUUUCUACAUGAUUAGGGUUUCAUUUCUUGCAAGAUUUACAUUAAAGUAAUCAACAUAAUUUUUGGAAAGUAACUUAUGCUAUUUGAAAUGCAAAGUUUUACAUAUUUUAUGAAGAAUUAAAUUUUUUAAGGUACAUUGAAAUUCAUUUGAAGCUUUUAAAGCAGUAUUUUCCUCUGAAAUACUUUCUUGCUUGAGUUUUUUUAUGAUGCAAAUAAUUAAGUUGUCUGAAAGAUAUGGUUUUAUGGGGCACUUCAAAGUAAUUGUCUAUUAAUGUUUAGUGUUUACCUUGUUUUACUAGCAAUUUUUAUCUAUUUUCAGUUACUUUAAUACACUUUUAAUGUGUAACGACAGCUUGUCUGGGUCCCAGUGUUACUGCAAAGUCUGUCUGCAAGUGGAGGAUAUGGCGACACUGUUCUGCAUUAAGAUAAGAUGUUAUAAAAAAUCUGAGUGCAUCAAUUUCAUCAGCAGCAACAAGCAAGAAAUCAACAA